GAUGGACAGCGUGUGUGUUCUUCGAGUUCAUUCAUGUUUACCUUUACAGGAUACGUCGCCGCUGUGUGUCAAGCCAAGAAGACGACAACCACGACCCGUCAACAACAGCAACAACAACAACAACAACAACAACAGGCGUAACCUAACACAAAGCUGCUCGGUGUGACGGCACCGGUAAAAAGACAACACGCGAACGACUCCUAAAGGCAGACGGUGUACAAGGUGGAGAUGUGGCUCAUUGGUUUGUCCACUGAGGAGUGUGACAGCGUCUCAAAGGGCUCUUGAGACAACGUUUUGUGUUUGGAGGCAGACGGACGGACAGGGUGGCAUCUUCCAACGCCCUCGUCCUCACAGAUGUAGCCUUCAGAGUGCAGGAUGGGCCUACCUGUGGAAAGUCCAGACAGAAACGAAGAUGCACAUAACUAUGAGCAGCAGGGAGAGCGUGGAGAAAGCCAGACGGAAGCCCGCCCCUUCGCUCCGCCGCCCAUCAACGGCAAGAAGAAAAGGAAAAGCAAGAAGAGACUGUGGAUCAACCUCACCAACUGCAAAUAUGAAAGUGUGCGCCGCGCUGCUUGCCUCCUCGGCCUCAGAGAGGCGACGGAGGGGGACGACUGGACUCUCUUCUGGACCGACUGCUCCGUGUCUCUGGACCGCGUUAAGGACAUGAAGCUCUACCAGAAGAUAAACCACUUCCCCGGGAUGAGUGAGAUCUGCCGCAAAGAUUUACUGGCGAGGAACAUGAACCGCAUGCUGAAGCUUUUCCCCCGAGACUACAACAUCUUCCCCCGGACGUGGUGCCUUCCCGCAGAUUAUAGUGACUUCCAAGCUUUCACCAGGGCCAAAAAGAGCAAGACGUACAUAUGUAAGCCGGAUAGCGGGUGCCAAGGCAAAGGCAUCGUCAUUACCAAGGCAAUUAAAGACAUUCAACCCGGGGAGCAUAUGAUCUGCCAGGUUUACAUCUCCAGGCCUUACAUAAUUGAUGGAUACAAGUUCGACCUGCGUAUCUACGUGCUGGUGACGUCAUGUGACCCACUCAGCAUCUUCAUGUUCAAGGAGGGACUGGCUCGCUUCUGCACCUCCAAGUACAGCGAACCGACACAAGGGAAUGUGGAUGACGUGUGCAUGCAUCUCACCAACUACUCCAUCAACAAGAACAGCAAGAACUUUGUCCGUGACGAGGACACCGGCAGCAAACGAAAGCUGUCCACGCUGAACAAGCUCCUCGAGUCCAUCACCGGCAACACGGACAAGAUGUGGGACGACAUCGAGGACGUGAUCGUGAAGACUCUGAUCUCCGCUCACCCGACCCUCAAGCACAACUACCACACCUGCUUCCCCAACCACACCACGGGCAGCGCCUGCUUCGAGAUCCUGGGCUUCGACGUGCUGCUGGAUCACCGGCUCAGACCCUGGGUGCUGGAGGUGAACCACUCCCCCAGCUUUACCACGGACUCACCGCUGGACCGCGAGGUGAAGGACGCCUUGCUCUACGACACGCUGGUUCUCAUCAACUUGGACGCCUGUGACCGCCGCAAGAUCACCAAGGAGGAGAGACGCAGGGUGAAGGACCGGCUGCAGCAAAACAGCACCAGAGAGGCCAGGUCGGAGGAGCUGCGUCAGUGCCAGGCCGCCACGCUGGAGCAGAUGGAGCGGUACGAGGCCAAACACCUGGGAGGCUUCCGGAGGAUCUAUCCCAGGGAGGGCGGGGAGAAAUACGACAAGUACUUCAAACACAGCAGCUCGCUCUUCCAGGAGACGGCGGCGUCCAAGGCCAGAGAGGAGUGUGCCAGGCAUCAGCUGCAGGAGCUGCGUCUGAAGCAGGAGCAAAAGGAGAGAGACCAGAGGGGAGGCCGGAGGAGAGACCUGCAGGGGGAGACGGCGGGGGAGAGAGUUAAACCUCGAGAGGCACAAACACAAGCCCCUCCCACCGCGAACUGUGACGCCGACCCGCUGCCGCAUCCUCCGUCCAGUGUGCCAAAGGACCCUGAAGCUGCAGAGGUCCAAGAGGACAAGCAGCAGCAGCGGGAGGAGGAGGAGGAAGUGAAGGAGGAGGCCGUGGAGGAGGAGGAAGAAGGAGAAGAUGAAGCAGAGGAGCGUGAGCGGAUCAACACGCUCCUCCAGAGGAAGAAACUACUGCAGGACCUCGGGGUGGUGGACCAGAUCCGGCAGCUGCUGCAGGACCGGACAGGCGGAGGGGGGGUCCCGAAGGAGGCCUGCGCCCAGCAGCAGAGUCAACGGGCCCAUCAGACACGGCAGUUGGACUCUUUGACUGAGUUCUACCAAGGAAGACGGCGGAAGCAGCAGCACUCCCUGGAGCAUAUCCACUCCCGCAUGACUCAGCGCCUGCUGAGAGCCACGAUGGACAAGAGGAACCUGUCUGAGCUUGAGGGCCACAGCAGGACCUUUGGAGUCCAGCGGACUCACUGGGCAGUCCACGGCCCCCCUGCCCUGCAGCAGGACACCAGGAGCAGCUCCUACCCGGACCCCCGGUCACACCCCAGCAUCCCCAUCCUCCACCACCUGCCCAGAGGAGGCCCGCGCUGUGGCCCGCGGUCCCACGACCCCGCGGUCCUGCAGGGCCUGCUCGUUAUUUCCAAGCCAGCCCCCCUGUUCAGGAGGCCUGGCUUCUCUCACAUGGGCCGCAGCUCCUCCCGCAGAGCUCCCCCCACCCAGCAGCAGCAGGAUAAAGGCCAGUGAGCUGCAGACGCAGAGGAGAUCUGGAGGUGGAGAGGUCUUAAGCUGUGAACUUAAAGAAAACACACCGUGCCGAUUCGAGGAGUCUCAUCUUUGAUAGAUUUUUAUAUCUGGACUCAUGCAGUUUACUGCUUGCCACUUUUAUGACCUCCAGCCUGCAGGGAAAAAAAACCACUAUGGUUAUUUUAACCCGCUGUGUGUUUGUGCUCACAUAUGUGUAUUUGCUCUGCAGGGAUGAAUCAUCUCAAACAAACCUUACCUACAGUGCCAAAAUAAAGUCAGACAAGUCUGCUUUAA